UUGCUGGGCGGGCAACCGAUUACCAGGAGGCCACUAGCCACGUGGGCAGGUGCGCAAGUUCGUGUGCCCCAGUACGUGCCCUUGGAGAGAACGUAGUCUCAGUGCGACUACGAGUGCAGGACCACGCCACGCUCUAUUCGCUCAAGUGUCAGGGUACUCGCAGUUCUACAGUACAUACCGUCCAAAAAGACACCGCACGCGGCUUUCUCGGUACAGGGGAUCAAUAUGGAACAGGUGGUGCACAAGCGUGAAGGGCGGCUGGUGAUCCUGAAGGGGGUCGAGGUCGGUGCCACAGAUGUGUAUCGGUGCGAGAUGGUGGCAGAGGGACCCCCGUUCCACACUCUGCAACGCUCUGCCAACAUGACUGUCGUGGUGGUGCCCGACGAGCCCCCAGUCAUCACCGGCAGCCAGGAGUACUACCACCUGCACGACCAAGUCACCCUCAACUGCACGGCGCCCCUCGCGCAGCCCGGAGCCACGCUCAAGUGGUACCUCAACGACAGGGAGGCACUACUGGAGAGCGUGCGGAUAGUGGACCGCGAGACGAACCCGGCAGGGCUCGAGCGCAUCACGACGCGCCUCAGCCUGUACGUGACCCAGGACCACUUCCAGAACGCCGCCAUGUCCAUCAGGUGCGUGGCAAGCCUGGCCAACCUGUACCUGCAGUCGGCGCAAGUUAUCAUCAGGGAGCCCUCCAAUACGUGGCUUGCCAAGAGCAAUUUGUACCACACUUCAGGUGCAGAAAUACCAAGGUCGAACCACCUGCUAGCGUCCCUUUAUAGCGUCGUUUUGCUGAUCGUGUUUUUCCUUCGCAUGUAGUUAGCGCUGCUUCGUCGUGUUGCUAGCACCUCUGAGAGCCAUGCAAGGGCUCACAGGCCACACAACAGGAGGCACCACUAACUAACCUACGACGUAGGACACUCGUAUCAGCACAUGUGACACGUUCUCUAUAGGCACGACAGCACGAGCUACCACCGUCAACUCUUUUUGAAGGCCCCAGCUAGGGCACAGAGGGGAGGCAGUGCCACAUCAUCUGCUGUCAUCAGGUGUAAAUCUCACCCUCGACCGACACACACAAAGCAGAUGUCUUCCCACGUUCCCUUAUUUUGAGACACAGCUUCUGCUACUGGAUCCGUCACACCUUAAGCGCGUAUGAAUUUAUAUUUUCACCUCAGACGUGUAAAUAUAUAUCAAGAUUCUCAUGUCAUCAGGCUCUCAUCUUUAACCCCAGAGGAAUAUUAUACUUGCAAUUCCUUCUCUUGUGAUAUUUCUGAUGACUUGCUGAAGUGUGGGUGUCAGAAAAAGAAUGACUCUGUCGGCGCCUUCUGCUAGUGCUUUGGCCAAGGACUAUAUAUCGACUUCAGAAACUUCUACAUUCAUUAAAGCUCAUUGUUAGCAUACCGCACGUAUGUGAAACGGAAAGGGUAGCCUUUACAUAAAACUCAAAGGUAUAUCAGCUUCUCUAUAUGUUUUUAGACGCAGUGUGGAGUACUUUUGUGUUGAUACACAUAUAUUUGUUUUCGUCGGCGAAACUAAAUCAGUGUUCAGAAUCAUUAUGAUAGCCUAUACUCUAAUGACGGAACUAUGUGUUCUUUUCUCACGCAGUAAAGGUAUUGUGAGAUGACCGCCGCACUGUGCGUGGAAAAGUUCUAACACUUUUUGAUGAAAAUGUUUUUUGGAGGAACUCUGGCUUGGAUCAUAAUAUUUUUUCUUUAAUCGGAAAAAAAUGUACUUUCGGCAUACAGAUCUCCGUUUGUUUUGUAUCAGUGGCAAGAAGUAGAAAUUCAUUAAUCUUCGCCACUACAUAAUUUGGAAGUGGAAAGUACGUUGACCUUCUCAUGAAAAGAAAAGAAAGAACACUGGAAAACAUAAUUUCGCAAUAUAUAUGUCAUUCAAGGUUGUCUUCUGAUGUCAUCGUAAGCACUGAAAAUCAAGACAUGUUGAAUCGAAGAGGAUUACAUCAUUACUGAAUCACCUGCCGUUUAUCUUAAGAGCAAGAUCCACCUAUGUACAUCUACACGCACACAUGCACACAUGCACACACACACACACACACACACACACACACACACACACACACACACACACACACACACACACACACACACACACACACACACACACAUACACACACACACGCACGCACACGUAUAUCCGCGCAAACAUACACACCUACGUAUUUACAUAGAGAAAUAUAUUUAGAGACAUACAUAUAGUUCUUUGUUUUUUAAUCAGCAAUAAACAUGUGUGCCGAUUCUUUUCUUUGGACUUUUAUUUCGAAGAUUAAUUAAUUCUCCCAAACGUGAUCCUUGCGGUGUGGUAAAUUCUGUAUAUCGUCGGACGAUGUGCCUUUUCAGAAUUUUUUUGAAAAGGCAAAUGUAAAUUGCAAUUUGCUUUUUUUCCCUUUCUUUCAAGGUUGUUCCUUCUUUCUUAUCAAUUCCGUACCUUAACAUAUAACAGGACCUGCAGGCCAUCAAAGUAGGUCAUACCCGCCCGACGAUAUAUCGAACCCCUUCCAAAUGUGGUCGAAUACCUACAUUUGGUUGCAAAGAUUGUAUUACGAAGAUCAGAAAUGUAAGCUUAUCCAGAGGACAAACAGUUAUUAUCUAAUGUAUG